AUGGAUAUCCUGCUAGCACCGGCAUUCAUGGGACGCGCUCUGGCGCUGCUACUGGGAAGUUUGCUCGGAUCUCCUCCCUAUUCUAGUGAUUACUCGAGCGUUUGCCUCGUUCACAGUCCAGGAGAAGAUAUCCGCUGGGAAGGAGAAGGAUCGCCAGCCAUUGCUCCUUAUCUAUCAUUGGUCACGACGACGCAGCAGGAGAGCAACGAACUGGAUGUCAACGAUCUGCAUGCUGCCAUCGAAGCUGGUUGCGGUGGAUUCGUCGUCGGUGAACUGGCCCUGCUGCCAUGGUUGGAGCAAUUUCAUGCGGCACAUCAACGAUCCCUGCAGCGGAUGCACAACAAACGAUUGAUUGCUAUUGUGUCGCAGCUGGAUGGAAAGCUUCACCAUGCACUUUUACCAUAUCGCGAUACUCUGGAGCAACUCGUGAAUGUUCUGUUGAUCGUACCGAAUGUUACGAACGCGUUGAUCAGGCUGCACACGAUCGAGCUGGAAGGGAGUACGAUCGACUUCCAGUUGAUCGAUGAAAUACCAAUCGAGUGUGUUCCGUCAAUGUGCAUCAGCAACCAGCUUGAAAGUUACUUUCCUGAUCGGCUUCAGGAUCUCCGUGGCAGGCGUAUUCGAGUGACGACGGUGUCCUAUCCACCGUACGCCAUGUGGCAGGAAGUGCCUCCUGGACAGGGUAAUGCGGACGUUGUUGGUGAUACCAGACCUCGGACAGUUCAGCUGGCGGGAUUCGAGUUUUUGUUAAUACUCGAGUUGUGCCGGCGUCACAACUGCACCGUGGAGAUCAGUAAGAACUGCGCAAACGAUUGGGGAACUGUGGAACUGAAUGGCUCCGCUACUGGGCUGAUUGGCAAUAUCGUGAAUCGACGGGCCGAUAUCGUACUUGCUGCCCUGUAUACCUGGUACGGCAGAGUCGCCUCACUGACCAUGCCGAUCGAGGCGGCCCAUGUGUCCUGUUUGGUACCGAAACCACGGCUUCUACCCUUCUGGCAGACACCGUUUCGAAGCUUUCCAUCUAACCUGUGGCUUAUGGUGGGACUAGCGUUCGCUGCCGGUACUGGCGCCAUCUAUCUGAUCGAGUGUGCACAUGACCGGCUCGCCGUCGGAGUUAGGGAGGGGUACGAUGGUUUCUCCCUUCUGGACGCGCUUUUCGUCAUCUUCAAGUUACACGUGGGACAAUCGCUUGGGGUGCGCUACGACCGGCUGGUGGCCGGUUUGAUCCUCCUUGUCGCCCUGCUCUUCGGAGGGUUUAUGAUCGAGAACAGCUACGCCGGUGCACUGGCCAGCUUGCUGACGUUGCCACAGUACGAGCGCUCGAUCGAUACGGUGGUAGACUUUAUUGCCAACGACAUGCACUGGACCGGUGGUACCGAGGCAUGGAUGAUCACGCUGGCCGGUACCACUCAACCAAACCUGGUGCGUAUGCGCGAUAGCUUCGUGGUACACGAUACCGACGAUGAAGCUGUCGCACGGCUACCGUUCACCGAUCGACGGAUGGGCUACGUUUACGAGCGGCUCCAGUUCGGUAACUAUGGUUACGGGUCGCGCAUCACCUGGAAUGCUUCGUUGCGGCUUCAACCACUCCGCGAGGACGUUUUUAACGAGUUUAGCGUCGUCCGUCAUACGACACGUUGGGCUGGGCAUACAGCGUAA